AUGGCGGCCAUCUUUGACAGGAUUGGAGAGAACGUCUCUUCAGCUCUCGGCUCCCAGAAGGGGGUACCAAGCGCCGCUACCCAGCAGCAAACCACUCUAGAUUCGCAGAAAGGCGGUCCUAACGUCAUCGACGUCCUUGAACCGGCUCUGCCUACGCUCGAUCGUCUCGGGGCCUCCCUCCAAGCUGACCUCGAUGCUCAGAAGGUCGCUUCCGAAUGGUUCGCGAAGUUCGCUGACGCCGUCACCGCGAAAAACACGAUCAGGAUCGUCGGCCUCUUCCUCGAAGACGGCUGGUGGCGCGAUCAUCUCGCGCUCACCUGGGAGUUCCGCACCUUCCACGGAGUGGAGAAGAUCAAGAAGUUCCUCGAUGACCAGCUCGCGCCCUUCGACUUGUCAAACCUUAAGCUUCGUGAGGGCGCAGUGCUGAAGCAGCCGUACCCCGACCUCGCAUGGGUCCAGGUUCUCUUCGACUUCCAGACGAACGUCGGGAUCGGGAGCGGCGUGCUGCGUCUCGUGCCGACCGCGAGCGGCGAGUGGAAAGCGUUUACGCUGUACACCACUCUCGAGGAGCUCAAGGGGUUCCCGGAGAGGAACGGUCCCCGGCGCGAGUUCCUGCCUAACCACGGGAAGUGGCUCAGCCAGCGCGAGGAGGAGCGGUCCUUCGCCGGGCGCGACCCUGCGGUCAUCGUGAUAGGCGGCGGCCAAGCCGGCCUCGACGCGGCGGUGCGCCUCAAGAUGCUCGACGUCCCUACGCUCGUGAUCGAGAAGCAGAACCGCAUCGGUGAUCAGUGGAGAUUGCGCUACGAGGCGCUGUGUCUGCAUGAUCCUGUCUGGUAUGACCAUAUGCCGUACAUGCCCUUCCCUCCGUCAUGGCCAGUGUUUACGCCUGCCCAGAAGAUUGCGAACUGGCUCGAAUACUACGCAGAAGCGAUGGAACUGAACGUGUGGACGUCCACUUCUGCUGAGAGCGUUAGGACGCAGAGCGACGGCAGGUACGAAGUAAUGGUCAAGAAGGCGGACGGCACGACGCGUACCUUCCACGUCGACCAUGUCGUUCUCGCACUGGGGUUCGGCGGCGGAGUCCCGAACAUGCCGACAUACGCUGGACAGGAGGGCUAUCAGGGAGAGAUCAUACAUUCGACGCAGUUCAAGACUGCAAGGGACCAUGUUGGCAAGAAGGUUGUCAUCGUUGGAGCGUGUACGUCAGCACACGAUAUUGCCGCGGAUUGCGAGGAGCACGGCGUCGAUGUUACUCUGUACCAAAGGAGCGACACAUACAUCAUGACAACCAAAGAGGGCGCGCCUCGAAUUUUCGGCGAUACAUUCUGGGAAGGCACGGGGCCGAUUGAAGACGCCGACUUGGUGAACACGUCCUUACCUACCUUCAUGAUGAGGGAGCUGGCCAAGCGCAUCACGCAAGAUAUUGCGCAGGCAGACAGGGCACUGUUGGACGGACUCAAGAAAGUCGGUUUCAAGUAUGGCUUCGGCUCUCACGAUGCUGGAUUGUUGUACUCAGCGAUGACCCGCGGCGGUGGUUACUACCUCGACGUGGGAGCAUGUCAGAAGAUCAUCGACGGCAAGAUCAAGCUGAAGAAUGACAGCCUGCUCGAACGCUUCACCAAGACUGGGCUAAGGUUCGAGGACGGCAGCGAGCUCGAUGCCGAUGUAGUUAUCUAUGCCACUGGAUUCGAGAGCGCCGCGAAAGCGAUCAACCGCAUCGCCGGGGACGAGCUGUCUGCGGGGGUCCACCCUAUAUGGAACCUCACCGAGGAAGGCGAGCAACAGGGCUCGUGGAGAUGGCUUGGUGUGCCAAACAUGUGGUUCAUGCUGGGUAACUUGGCUAUGUGCCGGUACCACUCGAAGCACCUCGCUCUCCAAAUCAAAGCCAUUCAGGAAGGUGUAUACGGGAAGCGCUACGAGGCCUAG